AUGUCGUUCGAAGCUGACAAUUACCAACAGCGCGAUCGCUCACCUCGCAGACGUUCUCGCUCGCCGCGACGCUCUCGCCGCUCAUAUUCGCCUCGCAGUCGUUCUCGCAGCCGCGAAGACUACCGUCGCAGUGACCGUCGCUCGCGAUCGCCCAACAGCGGUGCGCAAGGUGCAGGAGGCUAUCAGUCAUACGGCGCGGCGCGUGGAGGCUCGUCGCGACCCGCUGAAUCCAAAGACAUGAUGCAGAGCAUCCGAGAUUCCUCGCAGCAAGACCGUCGCGUCUACGUCGGCAACCUGUCUUACGACGUCAAGUGGCACCACCUCAAAGACUUCAUGCGCCAAGCUGGAGAGGUUCUCUUUGCAGACGUCUUGCUACUCCCGAAUGGAAUGUCAAAGGGCUGUGGCAUCGUAGAGUACGCAACUCGGGAGCAGGCGCAAAAUGCCGUUUCUACUUUGAGUAACCAGAACCUAAUGGGUCGACUCGUAUACGUUCGCGAAGAUCGAGAGGCCGAGCCUCGCUUCAGCACUCCUGGCAACGCGCGCGGUGGUUACGAAGGCGGCAUGGGCGGUGGCCCACGUGGAGGCGGCCAUUUCGGAGGCGGCGGUGGUUUUGGAGGUUCCCCUGGUGCUGGUGCUGGUGCUGGUGCUGGUGGCAGACAGGUCUAUGUUGCUAAUCUCCCGUACAACGUAGGCUGGCAGGAUCUCAAGGACCUGUUCCGUCAGGCUGCUCACACUGGCUCGGUCAUUCGUGCCGAUGUCCACAUUGCGCCUGAUGGUCGCCCCAAGGGCUCUGGUAUUGUCGCAUUCGAGACGCCCGAAGAUGCUCGCAACGCCAUCAACCAGUUCAACGGCUAUGAUUGGCAGGGCCGCAACCUCGAGGUCCGUGAAGAUCGUUUCGCUGGUCCCCCAGGUGGAGGUUUUGGUGGCCGUGGCGGAUUCGGUGGUCGCGGCGGCUUCGGCGGCGGAUUUGGAGGUCGUGGAGGCUUCGGCGGUCGUGGUGGAUUCGGUGGUGGAUUCGGAGGAGGCCGUGGCGGUUUCGGUGGAGCUUCUGGAGGCUAUGGCGGUGGUGCACCAGCUGGCGGCGCAGGCUUCGACCCCAACGCAACCUCGCAGCCCCCGAAUCCUUUCACAGACUUCGCUGCGUCUGGCGGUGAGCCCAGCAACACCAUCUACGUCCGCAAUCUUCCCUGGUCGACUAGCAACGAGGAUCUGAUUGAGCUCUUCACUACGAUUGGCAAGGUCGAGCGCGCUGAGAUCCAGUACGAGCCCAAUGGUCGCUCCCGCGGAACUGGUGUAGUCGAAUUCGAGAAGGAAGCAGAUGCUGAGACUGCAAUCUCCAAGUUCACUGGUUACCAGUACGGCGGUCGUCCUCUCGGUCUGACAUAUGUCAAGUACACCAACCAGAACAACGGUGAUAGCAUGGAGGGCACCGAACACACUGGCGGUGGUCUGACACAGGAUCAGAUCAUGUAA